AUGUUGAGCGUGAUGGAUUUCUCCUGCCAGGACUCGCUGUAUUCCAAGUACCAGGAGAGCUGCGAGCUCAAAGCUGGGGAGCACCCGGGCUCAGGCCCGCAGGAGCAGCAACUUCUGGCGGGGCAGCAGAGGGAGGCGGCGGCCGAUUUCCUCGGAGGUGAAUUCAUGGGGUCCACAACAAACGGGGAAACGGCCGAUUACUUCUUCCUAGGCAGUCAGCCAGCCCCCUCGCUCAGCUACACGGGUAGCUUUCUCAUCAAGGCGAUGCCGGAGCAGCCCCAGGACCAGGAAUCCCUCUUCAACUUGAUGUCGGGCAUCCUGGGCCUCUCUCCUUUCCCUGGCUCCGAAGGCCACCAGAGACAACUGGACUCUCUCUACUCGGUCCCAGACGCCCUUCAGAACCACUUGGACCUUUACUCCAACUGCCAGCCGGAACUGAAUCUCUCUGUCCAGCCCCCCUUCGCCGAGCAGGGCUACCCCGCCUUCCCCACCCUGGAGAACGCGCCCCGAGUCCAAACCUCCCCGACCGUAGGAAGCUCCGCGCAGUGUCUCUUUGAGGCAAAACUGUUGGAAAACAAGCAGGACAUUAAGAUUCCAGCCCUGGACAAAUUUAAGGUUUCCUGCUCCCAAUGGGAGCCACUCGCUCAACCUCAGAACUACUUGCCAGAUGGCUACCAGUCCUCUGAGUCCUUCCAGCCCCCGGAAAGUAGCCAAGCCAUGUUCCAUCCCCUCGGAUCCAAAAUCGAAAACGUGUUGUCCGUCAGCUGCCGGUCAGAGCUCAACAGCCUGUCUGAAGCCUCGGGGACCUACAGCAACAGCUUAGGUUUCGGUUGCGAGCCGGAAAGUUUCCAGAAUCUCAACAGCCAGGGGCAGAUCCCCAGCGACUUCGGUGAGGCCAAGAUCCAUCACCUCCCACCGCAGUUAAUGCAAGACUUCGACUCCUCCUUGGCCCCACCCGAGGUCGUUCCAAGCUUAAUGAAUCCAACCGAGCUCCUCCACCGCCACCAGUCCCCAUCAGUCCCUACCGCAGACUUCCUGGCCCAUCCCUCCACCUCCCCAGCCAACGCUUUAAUCUCCACCAACCCCAACCUCCUAAGCGAGCCAAAGAAGAGAACCCGGAGGAACAAAUGCUCCUCCAAAUGCUUCUGCCCCAAGCCGCACGAGAAAUCCUUCACCUGCCCCGUGGAGAACUGCAUCCGGAGCUUCGCCAGGUCGGACGAGCUCAACAGGCACCUCCGGAUCCACACGGGCCACAAGCCUUUCCAGUGCCGCAUCUGCCUGCGGAACUUCAGCCGCAGCGACCACCUCACCACCCACAUCCGGACGCACACCGGGGAGAAGCCCUUCUCCUGUGACAUCUGUGGCCGCCGGUUUGCCAGGAGCGACGAGAAGAAGAGACACAGCAAAGUCCAUUUGAAGCAGAAAGCGAGGACCGAGGAGAAGCUCAAAGGCCUCGGCUUCUAUGCGGUGGGGCUGUCAUUUGGCACACUCUAA